CCCAAAAUUUCUACCCUCGCAAACGCAUUCAACAAACCCGAACGUUAACUGAAGAAGAACAACCAACACCACAAAGAACAACAACGCUACUCCGAAUUUAUCGCGUUUUUAAAGGUAGAAUGGCGACGUUCGAACUUUAUCGUAGGUCGGAGAUCGGAACAUGCCUUACUGAGACUUUGGAUGAGAUGGUUCAGGCUGGAACUCUUAGUCCUGAGCAUGCGAUUCAGAUUCUUGUUCAGUUUGAUAAGUCUAUGACUGAGGCUCUGGAAACGAAGGUUAGGAGCAAAGUUUCUAUCAAGGGACAUCUCCAUACAUACAGAUUUUGCGACAAUGUUUGGACCUUCAUCUUGCAAGAUGCUUUGUUUAAGAAUGAAGACAAGCAAGAGACUGUUGGACGGGUUAAAAUAGUGGCAUGUGACUCAAAGUUGCUCAAUCAAUAAUGUGCUUAAUUUCUAUCACAUUUUGUUAAUGACGAGCAUUGUAAUCAUCUAUUUGUACUAUGGGAAUGGUGGCUAAACCAUUGUGAUGAAUGGCCUUAAAAUUAUUGAAGGAACUAGCAUAUACAUUAUGUUAUUAUAAAUUUAAAAGGCCUUCAAUCUUUAUGUCAUGAGGUAGUUAAUGUUCA